AUGUGUGACCUAUCGAAGCCUAACUUUCAUUCAACCGAAUCGUCAGAAAGCGAAGAUGUUAGCGAUACGACAACCAGAGCUUCGACGGCCGAGUCCAGCAGCCAGCUAGGCCCGAAAGCCAUGUUUAACGAGAUGGAAAGCGGAAUGAUUAACAUCAUCAUCGAGGAAGCGACCUACAAGCUGAUCGUGAUAAAUCGUGACGGCGACAAAACGAGUGCCCCGAUCGUACGGAAGCCACCCAUGCACGUACGGUUCGAUCCGGCGUACAAAAACCAACUUCUGAGCGAGAACAUGGUGGUAGAUUUGGCGAUGGGAAAAAUGAUUUUAGUAAAGCUACAGAAUGAUAUUUCAAACCUUCGAAAACUGCUUUCGGACACACAUACGGAGAUGGCUGAAUUCGGUACGUUUGAAACGCUGCAAACGUUCAUGGACAACGAUAUACAAAGCGAGCAGGAAGAAUUGAUAUUGAUUCGGGACAGUAUUCUAAAUGAUAAGAAACUGAAAAUCUUACAAACACAACUGGAGGGCGUCAACCGGGAGUGCAAGAUGGUGCUGAAACAGUUGGAUGAUGAAAUUUUCGAUCUGGAAACGAAGCUGAAAGAUGCACGCAUCGAGAACGGCAUAAAAACCAAGCUGGUCCAGCAGUGGGAGCGUACACGCCACGAGCAGGCACGCAUUAUCAUACAGGGCAAGGAAAACGAUCUCGUCCAAACUGCGACACAAACUAAAGCUAACAUCGAGCGCGAACUGCGCCUUAAAAGCGAAAUCGAUGUGUACAUCAACUACUGUAUCGAUCAGAUCAGUGAAAAGAUCGCUUUCUGGACGGACAAGUAUCAGCGUGAAAUUAAGGCACUGGAUGCACAGAUUGCCGAGCACAAGGACAAGAUAGUGAACCUGAAGGUGCAGUUCGAGGAGAUGACGAUACUGUUUAAGCACCGGGAGAAAGAUUUGAAAAUUUGCGCCGAGUUUAUGAAGGAACGGGAACAGCAGCUGGCAUUCGCCAACAAACAGAUGCGUUCGGCGAUCAAGAUCCAAUCUUGGUGGAGAGGUACGAUGGUACGGAAGGGUUUGGGGCAGUUUAAGCGCAAGAAAAAGCAGAAGCCUCAGAAAGCACCGAAAAAAGGUAAGAAGGGAAAGUAGUAAC